AUGAAUACCGGUAGAUACCGUUUUAUGCAAGAUAAUCUGGUUGAAGAAACAUAUAUUGAAAACGAAAAGAUUCAAGAGGCAAAUAAACAACUUGAGAGGAAAAAAAUUGAUGAAGAAGUCAAAAAAGAGCCAGAAAAAGCUAUUUUGAUCCUUACCUUCAUGCGAUCCGGGUCAACCUUCCUCGGCGAAUUAUUCAACAACAACGACGAUGCCUUCUACAUUUUCGAACCGCUCCAUGAAUAUUCCGAAUCCGGUUUUUCCCCAAGAACUAUCGAUUUACGGCUAGACUUGCUAACGAAAAAUCUCAAAUGCAACUUCACAGAUCUCUACGACCUCAGCAUUCCCUACGAUGUCUUCAGCGAAGAUUUGGACCUUCACGACAAGUUGGACACUCAAGGCAAUUUCGUCUUCCGAUCGAAGCAUCGUAGGCUUUGUGCUCAACCCUUUUGUUUUCGAGAUACAGAGCUUUCACAGUGCAACAGUGUUUGUGGCCUGGUAGAUGCUCAAUUGGCCUCGAAAGUAUGCAAGUCCCUCAUUCCUGUAAUCAAAAGCAUCCGAUUCAUCGAAGUCGGGCGGCUUCAACAAAUGGCGGAGGACAACAACAUUGAUUUGAAGAUCAUCUUUCUGGCUCGCGAUCCAAGAGGCAUUUAUGGAAGCAGGAUGAAAAUGUACAAAACAGAGGUGCAAGACAAGGAAAAAUUGUCCAAACUGCACAAGUCUCUUACGAAACAAGUAUGCACUCAUACAAGCGAGUUUUUGGCAGAAAGAAAUUCUUCGAGCUGGCUGAAAGAAAGGAGCAUGAUAGUCAGAUACGAGGACGUAGCUAUGGGCCCAUUGGGUCAGAGCCAGAGAAUUCUUCAUUUUGCCGGCUUCGAACUGACAGAAAAGGUCAAAAACUGGAUUAAAGAAAAUACUCGGGAAAAAGACACAAGCUCUGGUGCUUUUGAAACAAGUCGCGACUCAAAGAAAACGGCUCUUGCUUGGAUUGACGAAGUCGACAGUGAUUCAAUUCAAGAGCUUCAGACUUUUUGCUCUGCAAAUAUGGAGAUUCUUGGCUACAACCAAAUAUCAGAAGAGUCGACCUUCGAAGAUAUCCUGUCAUUUCCAACUUUUUACUCUGGCUGA